AUGGACAAAGAUCAAUGGGCAUAUUACAGUGCGAUGUUCGAAGAAGUUUAUAUGAAUUUUCAAGAUGAAGAUUGUGGUGUGAAUGAAGCACAUGUUGAUUGUUCAGAUGCUUUUAAUGCUUCUCAGGUCUUUGCAACCCCAGAAGAUGUUUUGAAGUGGGCUCGAACGGUUGCCCAUGAAAACGGUUUUGUUGCAGUAAUUAUGAGGAUGACUUUCUCUGCUGGGUUUGCAUAUCUGGAGGGUGAGCGCGUGAACAAUCUUGUAUGGGCAUUGGAACGGUUUCACAUAGACAAGAAUGUGAAGGCAAAGUGCAAAUCGCUAAUUGGUCAGAAGAAUGUCUGGGACUACGUAAUGGAUAGAUGGGGUAACCUGCACACUGAAAUUAGAGCAUCAUUCGAAACAAGUACGCAUGUCGUUGGUCAUGUUUUAAAGAAAACCUUAUACAAGAGGCUUCUGGGAAUGGUGUCAAGGUACGCUUUAAAUGAAAUUUCGGUUGAGUUUGAGCGCGUACGUAAUUUGAAAGACAAUCUGUCUUCUUGUGGGUGUGUCUUGAGAACCACGCUAGGUCUUCCUUGUGCAUGCGAGCUACAAAGGUAUGAUGGUGGCAGCAUCCCACUGGAUGCAGUCCAUAUGUACUGUAGGAGACUUAAUUUUUCAAACCAGGGGCUACGUGAGGCCGAAGUGAGCAUCAAGGAAGAGAUUGAUAGAAUACAUAAAAGAUUCGAGGAACUUGAUGUUUGCGGGAAAGUUACUUUCAAGAGUAAACUCCAAGAAUUCACGUUUCCCGAUGAGACCUCUAUGUGCCCUCCUCCAACAAAGGUUAAGACGAAAGGUGCCCUGAAAAAGGUAAUGAAAAGAAGCAAAAGAUCGAUAAAGCGUGAUCCAUCUUAUUGGGAGUAUGUUGAUGCUUAUCAUUCGGUUCAAAACAGCAACACCUCAGUCAGACCCAGUGCAUCAUCUUUUGAACCACCGAAGCCAGCAAGGAUGAUCCCCAUGUUGGAUCAAUUUCCGCCAUUUAUGCAUGGUUUCAUUGAGGAUGUUGUUGAUGUGAAAGCGGAUGGUAAUUGUGGAUAUCGGUCAGUUUCCGCUUUGUUAGGUAUGGGAGAAGAGUGUUGGGCCAUGAUGCGUAACGAAUUGAUUAAAGAACUUGGCAAAUGGUCACAAGACUACAUAAAGAUCUUUGGUGGCACGAAGAGAUAUGAACAGCUGAGGUUGUCCCUACACGUGGAUGGGUUAUCCAAGGUUAGUAUGGACAAAUGGAUGGAUAGAACGGAUAUGAGAUAUGUAAUUGCGUCAAGAUAUAAUGUAAUCCUUGUAUCGAUGUCACGACAACAGAGCUUCACAUUUUUUCCUCUCAGAAGUCGACCACCGGCCAAUUCUGCUGCGCACCGCAUGAUAUGCGUCGGUCAUGUGUUUGGCAGUCAUUUUGUUCAGGUUUAUCUGAAAGAUCGUUGUCCCUUACCGCCUAUGGCGUUGUUGUGGUCAAGCAAUGCGUAUCUGGAGGCAAAACAAUGGUCAACUGCAUAUGUAGGCCGAAAAGCAACUUUUUUUAUUUUUGGUGCCUUGGUUUAA